AUGGCAACUAAGGAGGACAUCAAAACCGAGACUUUCUUUGUGGAGUCAAUGAAGAGAGAGAGUGCAAGCACGUCAUUUGUUGUUCUACCAAAACCUCCACGACGAUCCGACAGAGAACGCUCCACAUCGGCGCUUGAUCUGAGUUUUUUCAUCAAGCAGUUGGCUCUUGAAUUGUUGGAUCGUCGGCUAACCAUCGUUCAACAACCUCGACACCGACUAGCUCAAUUAGAGGCUGCUUGUCGGCGUCAAUUCCCCGCCUUCAACGAAAGACAGAUUCGUCUCAAGAUUCGAGGUCAACUGAAACUGUAUAGGCGAAAUCUGAAAAAAGCCGAGGAACGAAAACUAACUAAACCGAACGCACUUACUCAACCGUCCUCGGCAUUUGAGUGUCUCCCACUGACCUCGGUUGAUCAGAAUCCUACCUACCUCGCCUGCAAUCCCAAUGCCGUUUGGAUGGCUCGUCGAGCUUUGGCCAAUGAACGCAAGCGAGGAAAGGCACUAAUUACCCCGUCAGCAGACGUGCUGCCUCUAAAAGCUAUCAAUGAUUGGCAGAACGUGAACACAAUGGUGGGACCUAUGGUGAUUAACAGACCUCUUCCUGCCAUUCGACCGAAGGUUUGUGAGGCUUGUCGGCAAAAUUUGAAGGAUUUUGCAGAAAAUGCAAUCUCAACUUGGUUGGAGACGGCUAUUCUACUGGGAAGUGGAUGUGGCAAUUUAUGCAAACUCACUUUAGCCAUUUCCAAGAUUACUGUUGGUACUGGCUAUCAACAUGAGGCCUCUGUAGAUCCCGACGAAAAAGAGCCACUGUUAUGGUUGUGGAAUUCGAAAUGGAGGAUCGCAGAAAAAGUGCAGACGAACAGCUCCGCCAAACAUCAUAAAGAUGACAAUCGUCAAUCUCAAUUGUAG